AGUGGAAUUCUUUGGGAGUUUGAAUGGCUGUCGACAAAUCCAAUAAACCGAUCAUCGUCGAUAUCUCUUCUUCCGACGAAUCAAAUUCGCCUCCUUCCGAUUCUGAUUUCGACGCCACUGAAGUGAUUAGUUCGUCUACUUCCUGCGAUGAUGUUAUUGAUGAUGAUUUUGAUUGGAGAGAGGGGAAUUAUUCACAAGAUGAAGACAAGGCUAAACUCCGGGGAUAUGACGAUAAACCUAAUGCGGAGUCCAUGUACAACAAGGUCAUUCAUUUUAUUCGAGGGAGAAGUGAUAUGCAAGAACUAAGAUUGGACGAAUGUAAAGCCUACCUUCGAAGGCAUAAUUUGAGGCUAUCGGGGAAUAAAGAAGAGUGCAUAGCAAGGAUCGAGGAGCACUCGAAGUUGAAAGAUGGAAGUGGUGAAGUAUUCUAUCCCCGAAGAUCAUUUAUCAUUAACUGCACCGGUGAUGUAUGCCAGGGAGAUACUGUUUUAUUCCAUCAGAAAGUACAUCGAAUGUCCGGCAAAGGCGCAAGAAACAGAACUACAGGAAGGAGGACUGUUGCUGGGAGGGUUAUCAAGGAAAGUUAUGGCGCUACUAGACAACAACACACUUUCACGGUCGAAGUGCUCUGGAGCCGAGGGGAUAAGAAACUAGAUCCUCUGUUCCCUUUACUCGUUAAAGGCCGCAACCUCUACAGAAUGAAAACAUUCAGACAGCCUUGGAAGAAUGAAAAAGAAAGAGUGAAGUUCUUUCUGAAAAGCACAGACGAGGAGACGCAGCAAGAGCUGUUAGAGCUACGAGGAGGAACGAGUCAUUAGCAUUAAAAGGUCCAUCCAAAACAAGGGAGACAAGUCGCGGGAAGAACUCUCGAAAUGCACACAGGGAUUCGGUGAAAAGCAAAGAAAGGCACCAUUUCGCUCGUGUUAGUACAAAACAAAAUGCAGGUUCAAGAGGGUCUGCACCUCACAGAAGACAUCACUACUCUCCCAACCAUAGUAGACAAUCUCCAUCUCCAUAUUAUCAGGAACCAGCGCAAACAUUUUUCCCAACAGAACCGCAUAACUUCUACUCUCGUGGAGGUUUUUCGUCUAUAACUGGAUUCCCCUACUCCUGGCCCCUUCCCUACUGAAGCAAGAAUGUACAUGAAGCAGCAAGUUUUAUAAUAUGCCCGAAUAUGGAAGGUUUCCACCAAGAUUUCUAUUAGUGCAGUAUGUGUGUUUAAAAAAAGUUGAUGUUAUUUAAUUUAUGCCAAUUCAUGCAUGUCAUGACCACAUAGCAUUUACGUUAUCUCUUUAUGAAAAGUUGAUGCUAU